AUGGUGAUCACCAUCCACACUCGAAUACUUCGCCACAGCCACAGUCAAGGUCACGAUAUAAAAUCUUCAGUUAGUAAUCAGUCGAGGAGAACAGAACGAGAGAGUUCAUUACCAAGAAGAAUGGAUAGGGAGAGUUCUCUACCGUCAACUACUUGUAGUAGAGGUCAUACACAUCCACCGUGGAAUAUUACAGGGGUAUUGAGGAUAGCGAAGUGUGAAAGUGUUUGUGGAUUUUGUAUGAAGGAGACAGAUACAGCCGCAAAGUUAAGGAAACAUGUUGCAAUUCAUAUCAAAAAUGAAGGACUUAAUUUGACGAUAGCAGAAGCUGCUAGUGGAAGAGGAAGAUUAGAAGUUCUAAGUCACCAAUCUUCACAUGAUACAUCAGGAUCCUCGUCACAUUAUCCAUCUCAUGGCCACAUAACACCUUUAGAGGACGAACAUCCCCAAUUCACAUAUUCAUCACAUACGCCUUCAUAUUCAUCUUACUCUCCGGCACCCCCCUACCCCCCCGCCUCACUCACUCCAUCACCAUCACCCUAUACAACAAUAGCUCAACGACCACUAGUAACCUCAUCCUCUAGCUACGAUCCCUACACCUCCCAUCGAUCUCCCUCGAGCAGCACCGCCCUAUCAUAUUCCACCGCUCCCAGUCCAAGUCGUACCUCCGCUCUCUCAAACUACCGCUCACUGGCCCAAAGCUCAACCCAUGCCCUCACCGAUCCUUUUUCCUCUCUGCGCUCUCACGCUUUACGAACAAAAUUCGAAUGGACAGUCAUAACCCCUUCCGAAGGUUUCGCCAUCCUCGAUUACUGCAAAUCCAUGUCUCAGGCGCAUAGCGAACAAGUCCCAUGUUACAAUCGCGAAACCUUAUUUGAUGAGGAGUGGCAAAGUCACAUGAGAGAUAUUCAUGGAGUUUAUCUGGUGUGGCCCGAGACGUGGAUGAAGAGAGUGGAGGUCUUGGAUUUGGAGGGGGUGGGGGAAGGAUCGAGGGGGUCAAUGAUCUGGUUAUGGAGGGAAAAGCGAUGGAUAAUUGGGGGUUAA